AUGGCAGCCUCUCACAGGGUUAACCUUACCAAUUAUGCUCCGUUGACCGGGAUUUUUGAAGUCCAGCCUCUAAAAGACGAAAUUCUUCGAAAAGCAUCGGAGAUCUUGCAACAGAACCAUGAUAACUAUCACAUCUACAUCCAUAACCUAGGACUUCACAAUCAUAUUCUCCAUCACAUUUUGGCUCUUGUUGCAUUAGGAGGCACCGAACCCCAGCUGGAGUUGGCAUAUAAUUUGAAUACAGACUCUCAGAAAUCUACUCGCCCACCUGAUCCUCGCCGUGUCUUGGAUUUCGCUCAACCAGCCAACUUUCGAAAAUACCUAGGAAAGGGGGAUUAUUAUGAUGACUACUUUGCCUUUUUCCAAGAUCAAAUUUCACGCCAUGGCCUGGCGGUGACAGUCAACGAGUUUCUCUUCAAAGGGCACGAUCGCGCUGAGGACAUGUUUCAACGGUUUUUCAGUGGAUUCCUUCACUCUCCCAUUCAUCUUGGGUAUGCGAUUGAAUUCGAUCAGCCGCUUAUCGCCGCCGAGGCUCUUGCUAUGACAGCCGUCCAUGAUAAUUCAUUUGGAUUGGUUCUGACUGAAAUUGAACGAUAUGCUUCCCGUUCGUCUUCAAAUGAAACACUUAUCACGCUCCAGAGAAAGAUGCAUGAGAAUCACCAACUUCGUGGGGCGAUGGAUUACAAAUACGGGGUCAAGCAAGUGCGUGAUGGCUUUUUAGCUCACACGAAGGAUACAUUUAUGGAACUGAUCGGGUCAUGGAAAGUCCAAUCCCAUGAACUUGAAGAGAAAACAGCCGAGUGUCUCAAUUCUACACUAUACUGGACAGCUCUGGCUCAACGCCCUGAGAAGCAAAUCCGAUUCGACUUUUUCCUUAUGCAUUCGAUUACAGCGGGUUCUCUUUGGCCAGCAUUCAACAGUGUGUCAUGGAUCAGUGAAAGAGCAAAGUGUCGCUUAUUAGAAUGGAAGGGACGUGCAGAUUUGAUGUUAUACUGUCAAGUCGGAUUACCAGCUCAACAACCUGAGGAAUUACUUACGUAUAGGCCACAGUAUCCCUCCGGGUGGUCCGAGGUGUUUAAACGCGCUUGCGAUUACAAGGAUGAUGGUCAUUUGGCCAAGUUCAUUCGAGGAAUUGCAACAGCCUAUCAAAUUAGCAAGCCAUUUGUCUCUAAGUCACAUUUCUCGCUAAAAACUGAAGAACAGUUUCUCCAGAUUGCGCACAUGGUGAUUGAUUCAGCCGAGAAAUUCAAUCUCGAAUCUGCCGAUCGGGAAACAGAAAUGAUCUGCGUCAAGUAUGGAUAUCCUCGUAUUAUGUCCCCAGAAAUUCAACGUGUGACAGCGCGUUGGCCUCGUCAUGUGGGGUUCGAGGAAGCAUGGUUCCAUGUACCCGCACGAAAAUCCAACAUGCCUCGACUAUAA